UCUCCAUCCCUGCGUGCACGCUUCCCUCCUACCCCCACCAUCCCUCCUCUGUUUCUCGCCUUAUCUCCAUUGCCGCCCGAGCUCGAGCUAGCAGCCAAGGGGAGCGAGCGAGCGAGCUGUCAUGGCGGUGGAGGCGGCGACGCUGUUGCAGGGGCUCCGGGCCAGCUUCAGGUCGGGGCGGACGCGGCCGGCCGAGUGGCGGGCGGCGCAGCUCAAGUCGCUGGUCAGGAUGAUCGAGGAGAAGGAGGACGACAUCAGCAACGCGCUCCACACCGACCUCGCCAAGCCGCGCAUGGAGUCCUACCUCCACGAGAUAUCACUGGCGAAAGGGGCCUGCAUAUUUGCCUUGAAGGGUCUGAAGAACUGGAUGAAACCCGACAAGGUACCUGCUGCCAUAACUACAUUCCCAUCCACUGCUACAAUUGUGCCGGAGCCCCUCGGUGUCGUGCUCAUCAUCUCAGCCUGGAACUACCCUUUCUUGCUAUCGAUCGAGCCUGUUAUUGGUGCGAUUGCUGCUGGGAAUGCUGUAGUGCUGAAGCCAUCAGAAAUUGCGCCAGCAACAUCAUCAUUGUUCGCGAAGCUGCUACCAGAGUAUGUUGAUGGCUCCUGUAUAAAAGUUGUAGAGGGAGGCAUUAAUGAAACAACCUCACUCUUGGAACAAAAAUGGGACAAGAUCUUCUACACGGGAAAUGGAUAUGUAGCCCGGAUAGUGAUGGCAGCUGCAGCGAAGCAUCUAACCCCGGUUGCUCUGGAGCUCGGUGGAAAGUGCCCUGUUAUUGUUGAUUCUAACGUUGAUCUUCAUGUUGCUGUUAAGAGGAUUGCUGUUGGUAAAUGGGGCUGUAACAAUGGCCAGGCGUGCAUUGCUCCGGAUUACAUCAUAACGACGAAAGCAUUUGUUACAGAGCUGGUCGACUCUUUGAAAAGAGUGUUGGUAAGGUUCUACGGGGAGGAUCCGUUGCAAUCAGAGGACCUGUCUCGUAUUGUGAAUGCUAAUCAUUUCAACAGAGUGAUAAAGUUGAUAGAAGAUAAGAAAGUCGCCGACAAGAUUGUGCUUGGUGGCCAGAUAGAUGAGAAACAACUAAAAAUAGCCCCUACGGUGUUGGUAGAUGUUCCUCUCGAUACACAACUCAUGAUAGGGGAAAUAUUUGGCCCAUUGCUUCCAAUUGUAACGGUCGAAAAGAUUGAAGAAAGCAUUGACUACAUCAACGCUGGGACAAAGCCGCUCGCAGCCUACCUCUUCACCAAGAACAAGAAGCUGCAAGAGGACUUCAUCGCAAACGUCUCUGCAGGAGGCAUGCUUGUCAACGACGUUGCCCUACACCUGACGAACCCGCAUUUGCCGUUCGGGGGCGUGGGCGACAGUGGCAUAGGGUCGUACCACGGCAAGUUCAGCUUCGACUGCUUCAGCCACAAGAAGGCGGUGCUGGUCCGCGGGUUCGGUGGGGAGGCCAACGCGAGGUACCCACCUUACACGGUGGAGAAGCAGAAGAUUCUGAGGGGCCUCAUCAAUGGCAGCUUCUUUGCGCUCAUCCUUGCGCUCUUGGGGUUCCCAAGGGAGAAGCGUUAGCUGGGUUGAGUAUCUGUCUUUGUCUAUCUCUGGUACAGCAUAUAACAGGAUCUGUUCAUUCUCAUGAGGGUGGUGUGGUGCGCUGCAAAGCUGCAUCCGUGCAUGCGUGUGUUCAACAGGUAUACCAUAUGAGGUUAUUAUCGGAUUCGUGGAUGUAAGUUAGUUGGAUUUUACAUAAAUAUAUACGUCUGGUUUGUCAGUUAA